AGAUGGCAAAUCCUGAGGUUAAUGUAAGUAGCUGCAUCUCCCACGAAGAAGAAAAUUGCUGCAAUUUUAACCAGAAUACAUCUGUCUCUGAGGAGCUUCUGUUAGAAGACCAGCUGAGACGAAAACUCAAAUUUUUUUUCAUGAACCCUUGUGAGAAGUUCUGGGCUCGAGGUAGAAAGCCAUGGAAACUUGCCAUACAAAUUCUAAAAAUUGUCAUGGUGACUAUCCAGCUGGUCUUCUUUGGGCUGAGUAACCAGAUGGUGGUAGCUUUCAAGGAAGAAAACACUAUAGCAUUCAAACACCUCUUCCUAAAAGGGUAUAUGGACAGAAUGGAUGACACUUAUGCAGUGUACACGCAAAGAGAUGUGUAUGAUCAGAUCAUCUUUGCAGUGAAUCAGUACUUGCAGCUGCACCACAUCUCAGUUGGGAAUCAUGCUUAUGAGAACGAGGGCACCGAGCAAUCUGCUAUGGCAAUCUGUCAGCAUUUCUACAAGCAAGGAAACAUCUGUCCUGGAAAUGACACCUUUGACAUUGAUCCAGAAAUUCAAACUGAAUGUUUCUUCAUAGAGCCAGAUGAGCCUUCUCACAUUGGGACACUAGAAAAAAAUAAGCUCAACUUAACACUGGACUUCCACAGACUCCUAACAGUGGAGCUUCAAUUUAAACUGAAGGCCAUUAAUCUGCAGACGGUUCGUCAUCAUGAGCUCCCCGACUGUUACGAUUUUACACUGACUAUAAUAUUUGACAACAAGGCCCAUAGUGGAAGAAUUAAAAUAAGUUUAGAUAAUGACAUUGCCAUCAGGGAAUGUAAAGACUGGCACGUAUCUGGAUCAAUUCAAAAGAACACUCAUUACAUGAUGAUCUUUGAUGCCUUUGUCAUCCUGACCUGCCUGGCUUCACUAAUCCUCUGUGCUCGAUCUGUGAUUAGAGGACUUCAGCUUCAGCAGGAAUUUGUCAAUUUUUUCCUCCUCCAUUAUAAGAAGGAAGUUUCUGUUUCUGAUCAGAUGGAAUUUGUCAAUGGAUGGUACAUGAUGAUUAUUAUUAGUGAUAUAUUGACGAUCAUUGGCUCAAUUCUGAAAAUGGAAAUCCAAGCUAAGAGUCUAACAAGUUAUGAUGUUUGUAGCAUCCUUCUUGGGACUUCUACCAUGCUUGUGUGGCUUGGAGUCAUCCGAUACCUCGGUUUUUUUGAGAAAUACAAUCUCCUAAUUCUGACCCUUCAGGCAGCACUGCCCAAUGUCAUCAGGUUCUGCUGCUGUGCAGCUAUGAUUUAUUUAGGCUAUUGCUUCUGUGGAUGGAUUGUGCUGGGCCCUUACCAUGAUAAGUUCCGUUCUCUAAACAUGGUCUCUGAAUGCCUGUUCUCUCUGAUAAAUGGAGAUGACAUGUUUGCCACAUUUGCAAAAAUGCAGCAGAAAAGUUACUUGGUCUGGCUGUUUAGCAGAAUUUACCUCUACACAUUCAUCAGCCUUUUCAUAUACAUGAUUUUAAGUCUUUUCAUUGCACUAAUUACUGAUACAUAUGAAACAAUUAAGCAUUACCAACAAAAUGGCUUCCCAGAGACUGAACUUCGUACCUUUAUAUCAGAGUGCAAAGAUCUACCCAACUCUGGAAAAUACAGAUUAGACGAUGACCCUCCAGUAUCUCUAUUCUGCUGUUGUAGAAAGUAGCUAUCAAGCUUAUCUGUACUCUACAGGAAAAUAUGAUGUGUAGUUGUAUUGGGAAGACUAUAUGGAUUUUUUAAAUCAGGUCUAGUAUGUUCAGUUACCAUCUAUUAUUUGAGCUAAUGGAUAUCUGUAUUUCACCCAGAACUAUAUUUAUAUUUUAAAAAAUGACUUUUUAACAACUUUUGCAUCUUUGUGCUAUAUUUGUUUAAGAAUUUUCCUUAAGGAGAGCUUUU